AUGUAUUUAUACAACAUCACGUUGCAACGUGCGACAGGUAUUACUCAUGCAGUUCAUGGAAAUUUCUCGGGAACAAAGCAGCAGGAAAUAGCAGUAGCAAGGGGCAAAAUAAUCGAGCUCCUCAGACCGGACCCAAAUACCGGGAAAGUGUAUACAUUACUAACGUGCGAGGCAUUUGGGAUAGUAAGAUCGUUUAUGCCGUUUCGUCUGACCGGUAGUAGCAAAGAUUAUUUAAUUGUGGGGUCUGACUCCGGAAGAGUUGUCGUUUUGGAGUACAUACCAUCCAAAAAUAUUUUUGAAAAAGUACAACAGGAGACGUUUGGGAAAAGCGGUUGCAGACGGAUUGUGCCGGGGCAGUACUUAGCAGUUAAUCCCAAAGGAAGAGCUUUCAUGAUAGGUGCUGUUGAGAAGCAAAAGUUAGUUUAUAUCAUGAAUAGGGAUUCACAGGCAAGACUUACCAUAUCUUCUCCGUUGGAAGCACAUAAAUCAAACACUUUAGUCUAUCACAUGGUAGGAGUAGAUGUUGGGUUUGACAACCCCCUAUUUGCAUGUAUUGAGAUGGAUUAUGAAGAUGCUGACCAAGAUUCCACUGGUGAAGCUGCUCGUGGAGCAAAUCAGCUAUUGACUUAUUAUGAAUUAGAUCUUGGGCUAAACCAUGUUGUUCGAAAAUAUUCAGAACCAUUGGAAGAACAUGCAAACUUCUUGAUUGCUGUACCUGGCGGUAAUGAAGGUCCUUCUGGCAUACUGAUUUGUUCUGAAAACUACAUCACAUACAAAAAUUUUGGCGACCAACCUGAUAUACGCUGUCCAAUACCUCAGCGGAGAAAUGAUCUUGAUGAUCCAGACAGGGGUAUUUUAUUUGUGUGUAGUGCAUCUCACAAAACAAAGAAUUUAUUCUUUUUCUUAGCUCAGACAGAACAAGGGGACAUUUUUAAGAUAAAUCUCGAAGUAGACGAUGAUAUGGUGACUGAAAUAAAGCUUAAGUAUUUCGACACUGUUCCAGUUGCUGCAGCUAUGUGUGUUUUAAAAACUGGGUUUUUAUUUGUCGCAUCAGAAUUUGGAAAUCAUUGUCUUUACCAAAUAGCUCACCUUGGUGAUGAUGAUGAUGAGCCUGAAUUUUCUUCAGCUAUGCCUCUAGAAGAAGGAGACACAUUCUAUUUUGCGCCUAGACCACUUAAAAAUCUCAUUGAAGUUGAUGUUUUGGAGAAUUUAUCUCCUAUUAUGAGUUGCCAUAUUGCUGAUUUCGCCAAUGAAGACACUCCACAGUUAGCUGUGUUGUGUGGACGAGGGCCUGGAUCAACAUUUAGACUUUUAAGACAUGGCUUAGAAGUGUCUGAAAUGGCAAAGUCGGACCUUCCAGGUAAUCCCAACGCAGUGUGGACAGUCAAACGUAAUACAGAAGAGGAAUACGAUGCUUACAUAAUAGUGUCAUUCGUCAAUGCAACGUUGGUGUUGUCCAUUGGAGAAACAGUGGAGGAAGUUACUGAUUCAGGGUUUUUAGGUACAACUCCUACUCUCACUUGUUCUCAGUUGGGUGAUGAUGCUCUUGUACAAGUUUAUCCUGAUGGAAUUCGUCAUAUACGAGCUGAUAAAAGAGUGAAUGUAUGGCGUGCACCCGGGAAAAAAGCAAUUACGAAGUGUGCCGUCAAUCGUCGACAAGUGGUUAUAGCACUUACAGGUGGUGAACUAGUCUAUUUUGAAAUGGAUAUGACAGGUCAAUUAAAUGAAUAUACGGAGCGGAAGGAAAUGCCAGCAGAUGUUAUUUGCAUGGCGCUUGGACGAAUCCCAACGAAUGAACAGCGUUCACGAUUUCUUGCCGUUGGUCUGGCCGAUAAUACUGUUCGCAUUUUGUCACUGGACCCUUCAGAUUGUCUUGCGCCUCUAACAAUGCAAGGAAUACCAUCCACUCCGGAAUCUUUGUGUAUAGUUGAAAUGGGGACAAGUGAACCAUCUCAGUCCACAGAUGAGGAUGACUCAAAUGCAAUACCGUCUGGUGGUAUUCUUUAUUUGAACAUCGGUUUGAUUAAUGGUGUGUUGUUGCGUGUUAUUCUUGACCCAGUUACUGGUGAGCUUUCCGACACACGCACUCGAUACUUGGGUACUCGUCCUGUGAAGUUGUUUCGUAUAACAAUGCAAGGUGGGGAAGCGGUUUUAUCAGUUUCCAGUCGAUCAUGGCUUAGCUAUGCUUAUCAGAAUCGUUUUCAUCUAAUCCCCCUAUCAUAUGAAGCAUUGGAGUAUGCAUCUGGUUUCUCCUCUGAACAGUGUCCUGAGGGUAUUGUAGCAAUUUGUAAUAAUUCUUUACGGAUUAUGGCUUUGGAGAAACUUGGCGCUGUAUUUAAUCAAAUCAGCUACCCACUUCAGUAUACACCACGUAAAUUUGUCUUCCAUCCAGACUCAAAUGUUGCUUACAUUAUCGAAACAGAUCAUAAUGCUUAUGCAGACGAUGUCAAAACUACACAUAAACGUCAAAUGGCUGAGAAAAUGAUAGCCUCUGCACAUGGUGGUUCUUCUGAAGAUAUGACCGUUGCCAAGGAGUCGGCUGCAGCGUUUCUUUCAGAAAAUCUUUCCGAGGCGAUUUUUGGUGCUCCAAAAGCUGGACCAGGCAUGUGGGCAAGUUUGUUACGAUGCUUAAAACCACUUGACGGUAGCACUUGUCAGACAAUUCGAUUUCCACAAAAUGAAGCUGCUCACGCUCUAACAUUCGUCAAAUUUAAUAAUCACCCAGCUGAACAAUUCCUUGUUGUAGCGCUUGUCAAAGACCUUAUCCUCAACCCGCGUUCAUGUUCGGGGGGAUGCCUGAGAACCUAUCGUAUAUGGAAUAACGGUGAACGCCUGGAAUUUCUUCAUGAAACGUCUGUAGAUGACUUUCCAGCCGCGUUAUGUGCUUUCCAAGGUCGACUGCUUGUGGGUGUUGGCAACCGUCUACGCAUUUAUGAUCUAGGAAAGAAAAAAUUGUUGAAAAAGUGUGAAAAUAAGCACAUUCCUACAUUAAUUAAUGGUAUAUACUCAAUUGGUAGUCGAAUAAUAGUGACAGAUGUUCAAGAAAGUGUUCAUUGGGUACGUUAUCGACCUCGUUCAGAUAGCCAGCUGGUUAUAUUUGCCGAUGAUACUAAUCCCCGUUGGAUUACGCAUUUGGCAGUGUUGGAUGCGUCAACCGUAGCUAUUUCCGACAAAUUUGGGAAUGUUGUUGUUCUCCGUUUACCACCUAAUGUGAUCGAUGAUGUUGAAGACGAUCCUAGUGGUAAUCGUGCACUUUGGGAUAGAGGCUUCCUCGGUGGAGCUAGCCAAAAAUGUGAU